AUGACGGGUAUAUUGCGGAAAGUCUUUGACUUUCUCGCCCCCAAGGCGAAGCAAGCAGAGGAUGGCCGGGACAUGUUCGGGUCUCGUCUGACCUUUAUCCUCUGUGCCAUGGGUGGUGCUGUCGGUCUCGGCAACCUGCUCCGCUUCCCGUCUAUUGCGUAUAACAACUACGGCGCCCAGUUUUUCGUUCCGUAUCUUAUCGCCCUAGUCUUCAUCGCAUUCCCUGUCCUGGUGUUGGAAAUCUCCAUCGGAUCUGCAUACCGUUCGGGUUGCGUCGUCGCGUGGAACCACAUCAACAGGCGCACCCGCGGCGUCGGCCUUGCUGUUGUUUUCAAUGGGUACUCCGUUGUUACCUAUUACAUUCCCCUCCUCGCCUGGGUGAUGAAAUACUUCCGCCUCUCCUUUCACAGCCCCUUGCCUUGGUCGAACCUGGGCCCGGAUGACGACUUCUUCAUGGAUGAAAUUGUGCAGUACGUCGGCCCUGUUGGAGGCUCCCUGAACCCCGACGGCUCCGUGGCAGAGUACAGCACAUGGCCUGGAACCUCCCUUGUGGGCGAGACAGUAGGCUGGGCAUUUUUCACCUGGUUCGUGACCUGGCUCUGCUUGUUCAGGGGCGUCGGCUUGACUGGCCGCGUCAUCUACAUCACCAUGGCCCUUCCGCUCAUCAUGAUCAUCAUCCUCGUUGGACGCUCCGCCUCGCUACCCAACGCGGGCCGCGGCAUCAAACUGUACUUUGGCACUUGGCGCAGCGAAGCCUUGAGUGACCCUCAAAUUUGGAACGAUGCUUUUGGUCAGAUCUUCUUCUCCAUCGGUGUCGGCUUCGGCUACUUUACCUCGUGGGCAUCGUAUUGCUCCCAACACUCAAACACCGUUCAAGAUGCGCUCAUCAUCGCCCUGAGCAACUCCGCCGUGGAAAUCAUUGGAGCCUUUGCCGUCUUUGGAGUUGUCGGCUUUCUCGGCAUGCACCCUGAAACCAGUGGGAGGCUGAGUACUUUCGUGUCUGGUUUCUACACUUAUCCCGAGGCUCUCGCUCAGAUGCCCGCCUCAAACUUCUUCUCGGUGCUCUUCUUUUUUACCCUCUUUCUCCUAGGUCUCACAUCGGCCUUCUCCCUGCUGGAAACUAUGACUACACUUAUCCUCGACACAACAUGGGGAUCCCGUAUUCCACGAUGGGUUGUGGCAACCGUUGUCGCCAUCAUCUCCUUUCUGAUCUCUCUGAUCUACUGUACUGAGUUCGGCCUCCAGGCUCUCGAUGCCGUCGAUACCUACGUUAACGGCGUCGCUCUCUUCUCUGUCGUUUGGUGUGAGGCAUUUUGCGCCACCACACUUUACAGGUACAAAGACGCUGUUAGCCAGGUCGGGUGGAUUGGUUUCCUGACUUUUAAUGUUGGUUUGGUGCUUGCCCAGGCUCUUGGGAUUGGCAUCGCCUAUCCGACCCAAGCUGCUAUCGGCGCGGGCGUCGGCUUUGGCAUCUUUAUCAUCGCCGUCGUAGCCAGCGUAAUGCUAUCAAAGACUCCUUCGAUUGCCGCGCCUGGUUUCUUUGGCCGCAACGUUUUCUUGAACCGUAUCUGGUGGUGCGGAUUCUACUCAGGCUAUCAACUCACUCGCGACCUGAACGCCGUUGUUGGCGUUGGCAAGAAUUGGGGCAUUCCUUUCGUCUGGGCGCCCUGCCUCAAGUUCAUCUCAGGACCUAUCCUCGCUAUCGUCCUUUCCUUUUCUUACUCCGGCUUUCCAGCAAAGAUGUACGACCCAGUCUGGACAUAUGGUUUCAGCAUUAUGCAUCUUGUUUUCCCCAUCAUGAUUGCCGGCUUUCUGGUUCCGUCGUGGUUUGAUCUCAUUGUUCCCGAAGACAAACGUGACAAAGGAGUACAUCCUGUGGCACCUCUGGAAGUCCUCGAACCAACCGAUGGCGAGCCGCUGCCUCUGAACGCAGUAUCAUUCGAGGAUGGCAUGAAUGCCAAAGAACAAAAGGGCAUGAAUGAAGCGCAUCAUAGAGACAUGGCGUAA